AUGGCAACAACGCUAAAGAAGUGUCUAAAGCUGCACAAGCUCUUCUUGGCCGAGGUGGCACGCAGCGCCAAGCUCGAGCCGGAGGGCUCCCAAGUGCUGUCGUCGCUGGCUAACGUGAGCCAGAGAGUUAUGGGAGUGUUAAGUUACUCUCGCAACACACAGGCGCUGUUGCUUCAGAAACACUUCUUGGCUUUAGAGAAAAGCAGGGGGUUCUUAACCGACAUCCUGCGCGACUACCAAGACCUGCUUCGUCACCUCCGCUCGUUUUCGAACGAGUGUGCGACGCUGGUGGAUGACGCGCUCAUUGAAGGGGGAAGUGCGGCAACAGUUGCAGAUGAAAUGGCAGCGGUAACUUUCCCCUUGCAGUUGCAGGAAUGGAUGGAGACCGUGCUGGCAAUGUUCGAGCACGAAGUGUUGCGCAAGACGAGGCUGGUCGCGGACCUGGAGUACAGUGAUACCGGGAGAUUGAGUGCGGCGGCCAAGCAAUGGAGUGCAAAAGGAGCGGUGGGCAACAUCGACCAUGACUACGUGGAAACAGGUUUGCAGUUGCCGCAAGCCAAGUCUUCGUCUGCUCAACAGUCUGCGGAUUCUGAAUCGGACUCGUCAAGGAGCAAGACCAAGAAGAAAAAGAAGAACAAGGCCAAGAAAUGA